GGGACAUGCAUCUGAAAGAUUUUCUUGAGAAAGCAAAAGGAUACAGAAGACAGAGUUAUGUCCAUGUUGAAGAAAAAGUGAAGAUGCCAACUCAACCCCUGGCACAAAAAGAAGAUUGGGGUGCUGAAUUGGAAGCCAAGGAUCAUACAGCCAGUAUAUCUGCCAAUGAAUCGAGAAAAAACAACACACAAAACGUGUUGCUAGGCAAACAUCUCCAACAGUACCAUGAGUGGGUGGAAACUCAGCCCAAACGCCACACGGAACAGCAGAUACGCCAAGAAAAAUGGCGGCUGGAGAGGGAAGAGUCUAAAGCACACCAGGAGGAACUGGAUAGGUUGAGGGCAGAAAAGGAGGCUGAAUUCUACAAAGUUCUUGGCAAUCUCAAACAGAAAGAACAGCAGAAAGAAUGUGAAAAUACAGCACAACAGCAGCAAGGGUUCCUUACCACCACUGCGUACAGGAAGGCCGACUUUGCUGACACCAGCCAGGAUGGGUUUGGAGGGGCAAGGAAGAAAGAGAAAAAGGAAAAGUCACAAUUGAGGACUAAGGGCAAAAACUCUCAUUGGAAACCAUUGGAUACAUCAUAUAGAGAAGACUCCAAUUGUCCAGAGGAUAUGUACACCUAUUCAGAAGAUCAUGACGGUGUUUGGGAAUCUGAAAAGAAAGACCCAUGGCAACAGCAAACUGCUUCCUCCAUGUUUGUACCAAAUACCAACUACUGGGAAGAGAGAAAAAGGAAACAGUCAGUCGUGAAUGAGUUGCAGCCAAAGAGUCAAACAGAAGAAGCCGAGAUGCUGAUGAAGGCCCUGGCACUGAGCUUGCAGACAGCUCGGAUGGAGGAGGAAGAGGCAUGGCAUAGGUAUGAUGGACAUGGACAGAAGGCUGAGCUUGAUAAGAAGAAAGAAUUAGAACCAGGUGAAAAACAGCAAGCAUGUGGUCCAGCUGUGAUAUUCCAUGAAAGGAGACACAUCUCUUAUUAUAGAGAAGAUCAGACUGGUGAGCAGGAGCAUUUUCAAGGGCAAAGCUAUGAAGCUGAUAUAAACAAAACAGCGACUGAGAAAGUGGACUUUAAAGCUGCAUUGGUCAACCAUGAUUCACUGCCACCUUUUAGACAUGGUCUUACCAAAAAAUUAAGCAGUGAUGAAGAUGGUGCCUGUGCUGCAGCCGCCUGGCAGGAUACAGAUCUGAAUAACGCCCAGCCAAUCUUGAUGCAGUCCAACUACCCGGAUAGGUCAACUUGUCCAGAGAACCAACCAGGAGUUACCUUGGCUGCAGAUAUAAGGCAACCUAAAUCCUCACAUAGUGCUUCUGUAUACACAGGCAGUUACAAUAUCAUUGAACCCACAGAAGAUUGGGAGACUGAAAUUGUUGAUGUUCAGUAUGAUUGUGGAAAUAACACAGCAUUUCCCCAAAAUGAAGAGUUUAAAGAGAUUGAUGAGUUACCAGUGGUGCAGGGAUCCUAUGAUGGUUCUUCCAAUGCUAUGUUAGAACACGUCUCUCUCAGGCAGAGCACACAGUAUGUUAACAGGUCUAGUCCUGAAAACAUUUCAGCACCAUCUGCAGCAGAUUAUAGUGUUGCUCCUACACUCCAAAAUCUUGAGAAACAAAUGGAUCCAUUGAAGACUGCUUCUCCAAAUCAGUCAGAUGGUGGCCCUGCUGAACUUCAUCAAAAAAUCUUUGGGCAUUCUGGAGAUUUGAAUAAAACAAGGGAGACAAUGGGAUCUAUUGUAUCAGAUACACCAUUGGAAGUUGUGCCAGAUACAGAUGUGUCCUUUUGUAACUCAGAUUCUUUGUCCUUGACUGAUAUUUUUUCAUCGGAUCUGGGGAAUGUUUCACAGUUCAAGAAACAAGAAGGAUCUGUUACUGACAGAAACAACAAUGGAGACGUGCAGGUUCAACAAAAAGAUGUGAUGAAUCCAUUUGGUGAUGGGGAAAGACAGCAAGAAGAUUGUCAAGUAGACCCCAACCUCAAAGAUGAGACAUUUGCCAUAAAAGUGACUUCUGAUUCAUCUCCUUGUGUUCAACAAAACAUCUCCCAAGAAUUAAAGUCUAAAAGUGAGCUGUUACUGGGAGAGGAUAAUCCAUCGACUUCUGCAGAUGUUCAGCGAGUGUUGAGCACUGAAAGUGGCAAAGACAGUAAUCUUGCGGAAAGUCAGCUCCUUGAUUCUCUAAUGAAAACCUUGCCUCCACUUCCCAUGCCAUGGUUGCCCCCUGUAAUGCCUAAUAUGCCAACAAUGCCAAUACCAGCCAUGCCCAUGCCAUCUAUGCCCAUGCCAGCUAUGCCUAUGCCAACUUUAAUGGGCAUGUUCCCACUUGCAGGUGUACCACCAAUGUUUGGCCCUUGUCUUCCAAACAAUUUCUCACAGGAAUUUUACCUCCAGCAUCUAGCAGCAGCUGCUGCUGCUCAGUUGAGCAAAUAUGAUGCCAACAAGGUUAUUAAUGGUGCUGAGGGUAAACAGCAGGUAAAUGGUGAAUCUGCAAAGUUGGAAAAUGAAAGUUCAUACACUGAUGCUGAAGAUCUGAACUUAGACAACAAACAAUCCACAACUGAAAUUACUCAGCACCAACCAGAGCAAAAUUUGAGUAGCUCAGUAGCAUCUCAGGAAGAAAAACAUAAUAUUUCUUUGAAGUCUCAGAAGAUUUUAUCAGCCAUACACCCAGAAGACAAAUACAUGGAAGGAAAAUCUACAAAUCAAGAAACAGGAUAUAGAAAUAUUGAGAGGAAAUUGUCUAGUUCUAACCCAGAGAACACACCUUUGUAUCAGUUUGACAAUUCGUUGUAUCAGUUAAACAGUAACCAAAACAAUUCAUCACUCAAAAGGCAACUUAUACCAGAAGUAGGAGGUGAUUCAAAAUUUAAAAAGGGCAGCAGUAAAACUGGUACAUCUUCAAGUAUAGACAGUUUGGAAGAUAUUGAUGACCUAGAAGGACCUCUACCAACUAUGAUCAUUCAUCGUAAGCCGAAGUCUGCUUUUGGUCCAGAAAGACAUCAGCCUGCAAUACCACCACAACCAUCGGGUAGCCAUACCUCCACUGAGAAGUUGAAUGAUAACAGAAUGGAACAACCAUCUGGAUUUAGCAGGGGGGGUGUUUGGUCAAGGCAUGGACCAGAACAGAAUGAGUACAGGUUUGACUUGAAGCAAAAUAAAGAUAUGUCGGUGCAGCUCAAGAAACCCACACCCCUGCCAAACCAAGGGAUGACUUAUAAUACCAAGAGAAACCCUAUGAAAGAUUUUGUUGUUCCAUCUUCUGAAGACUGGGAGAAUGAAACAUUUGAUGUAGAUUUUACCCAAGUGGGUCACACUUUGCAGUCUGCUAAUCUAACAUAUAGUGAUAGUAAUAGAUUUAGUGGUGAAAGUUCUGGGAGCAAACUGUCAAACAUAACAGCAGCCCGAGGGACAUUACAGCAGAGAGAUAUAGAUUCCAGAGAGCAUUAUGGUUAUGAUAGAAGAGACAGCCACCCUGAGAAGUCUCACAGAAUCAAAACAUUUAAGUUCAGCAGCUAUGGCUCUGGCCGAGGAUUUGCAAGAACUCCAGUGGCAAGGCAUGACGCUUCUAGGGAGAGACCUUGGUAACAAGUCCAGGAACAAAAGACAUUUGAACAGAAAAUUUUUCUGGAACACUGGUAUAUAGGGGCAUUUCUGUUGAAUCCCACGUGCUGUAAAAGUGGCUGUUUGAUACAUCAGAACAAUAUUGUAGAGAAUGUUUUUAAUUAAAGGGAUUAUUUUGAAAAUUGAAAUUUCAGUGCAAGGUAGGGUAGUAUAGUUAACAUCAAAACUUGUCAAACAGAUUCAUUUAAGGCCACAUCUGUGUGUAAUAAAUAAAAUUGUCAGUCACAACUUUUAAAUUUCUGUGCAACUUCUUGAUGUGCCUUUAGAUUUUAAUUUUCUCGUUUUGGGAUAGUGAUAGGCCCAAAUUCUGUAUGAGUAAUAUAGUGUUUAUACUGUGUUUUAUGGUUUAGGAUUUAUAAGUUGAGAACAAUGGAAUAUUUUAGUAUUUCAAACAUUCCACCAUCUCCAGUUCCUUGAUUUUGAGUAAAUGUAGGAAUAUUAUAGAUUUCUGAUAUUUAUUUAGGAAUGUAGAAAUAAAAUAUUUUAAGUGAAAUCAC